AUAUUAUUAAACCUAUGCAAGCCAAACAACGUAUUGUCUCUCAUACUGAAAACAAUGAAAGAAUUCUAGAUUUCAUCAAACAAAGGAAUGAAAACUUCAAAGAUUCCUUCACAAAAAUGAUAGACUCAUGUCUAGAAAGAAAUAGGAAAGCAAUUAUCCUCGAUAAAGUUAUUGUAAAUGUAGACUCGCCAUCACAAUAUCUCGCACUAGUCCCUGAUGAUAUUAAAGCCCAUACA